GGCUGGUUCCUGGUGGUGGAGGGAGCCCUGCACAGUCUUUCCUGGGAUUCCAGUCAGAGACUGAGGGCAGAGGCCGUCCUGACACCGCCCUGGACGUUCAAGUCUGUUGUGGUAGCAGGGCUGCCAGGAAGGUCGCUCACUCUUGUGGACUUUAAGGUUCAGGCACGGCAGUCCUCCAUGGCUCCUUACCACAUCCGCAAAUACCAGGAGAGUGACCGUACACAGGUCCUGGACUUGUUCUUCCACGCACUGGAUGAGUAUGGCCCUGCCUCCUUCCGCCACAUCCUAAAGCUGCCCCGAACCUUGGUGCUCUUGCUUGGGGCGUCCCUCGGCCUCCUCCUGGUCUCUGGCUCCUGGCUGCUGGCCCUCAUAGCCAGCGCCACCCUCCUCACUGCUCUGAGAUUCCUCUGCAAAUACCCCUGGACCAAGUUUACAGCCGAGUGCUUGCGCACAGACAUGUCCGACAUCACCAAGUCCUACUUGAGUGAGCCCGGCUCCUGCUUCUGGGUGGCUGAGACUGAGGGGCAGGUGGUGGGCAUCGUGGGGGCGCUGCCUGUCAAGGAGCGCUCCCUGCACAAUGAGCAGUUGGAGCUGCUUCACCUGUGCGUGGCCUUGGAUCGCCGACGUCUGGGGAUAGCGAAAGCCCUGGUCAGGACCGUCCUCCAGUUCUCGCGCGACCAGGGCUACAGCCAAGUCAUCCUCACCACCAGCAUGCUGCAGCACUCGGCCUUGGCCCUCUACCAGCGCAUGGGCUUCCAGAAGUUGCAUCAGUUCUCUCCCCUGUGCUGGAGGCUACUUGCUGUUCCUUUGGUUACGUUUGUCUACUGCCUGCCCUCUGCUCAGGCCUCUUGGGCGCAUGAGUAGGAAGGUGGCCCACGAUUCUUUUUCUGGUGGCUUAGGAGAGGGCCGGCUCUACUGAGGUAGCAAGCAAACCCCAGAGUCUCAGUGUGAUGGCACCGUGAGAGCUUACUGUUCCUUCCGUGGGAACCAGGGGGAUGGUGGUGGGUGGCUCUGUUCCUUUCUGUCUUUUGGGGUGGCUGCUGUUUGAUUUAUCUAGCUCCACGGGAAGGCUGCAUUAAAACAAAUGAAUAAAACAAAUACACACAAAUAAA